AUGCUGCCCGUAAUAGAUGUAUCACAGGGCGUGUGCGGAGGUGGCUCGAGCCACGGAGGCAGCAGGCUGGCCCCAGUGUUCCGCGCGAACGCUGCUGCCCGGGCUGCUGUCCAGUCCCAGGCGAGCCUAGCCGGCCGCUCAGCUCCUGUGGCCGUGGCUGGCGCUCGCGGUCGCACGUGUGGCCGCGGCGCGGCGGGAUGCGCCAGCGCUGCUGCUGCGCUGGCGUCGCCGCUGGCGGCGGCAAGCGGCGACUGCUUGUCGCGCCAGAUAUUGGAGUUUGGAUAUGACAAGCACAUUGAGGACAAGUACGAGUGGGGCCACGAGCUCGGCAAGGGCGGCAACGGCGUAGUGCGCGUCGUCGUUGACCGCCAGACCGGUGAGCGCCUCGCCUGCAAGGCCAUGCCCAAGGAGCUGCCCCCGGACGUGGCCGAGUCCAAGCGCCGCGGCCACGCGGACGCGAUCAAGCGCGAGGUGGAGGUCAUGCGGCGGCUGGCUGGCAGCUUGGCGGUGGUGCGGCUGGUGGACGUGUUUGAGGACGACGACAACGUGUACAUAGUUCAGGAGCUUUGCGGCGGCGGCGAGCUGCACCACCGCAUCGGGGACCGUCACUACAGCGAGCGCACGGUGGCGUCCUACAUGCGCGCCGUGCUGCGCACGCUGGCGCAGUGCCACUCGCACCGCAUCCUGCACCGCGACAUCAAGCCGGGCAACUUCAUGCUGCUGGACAACAGCGAGCGCUCACCCCUCAAAGCCAUAGACUUUGGCCUGGCGGUGCCCUUUGACCCGGAGGCCCUGCCGCGCUCAGACCUGGGGCUGGAGGGCACCCCCUGGUUCAUGGCCCCUGAGGUGCUGUCCUCCCAGGUGGUCCCGGCCUCUGACCUCUGGUCCGCUGGCGUCAUGGCCCACCAACUGCUGACCGGCCGCUUGCCGUUUGACGACCACAAGAGCCCCUCCUCGCCCUCCAUCAGCGCCAUCUGGCGCAGCGUGCUGUGCGACAGGGUCAACUACGGCGCCCCCUGGUGGCGCGGGAUCAGCGAGGACGCCAAGGACUUUGUGGAGGGCCUUCUCAACAGGUGA